AUGCGCGUCUCAACUUUGCUGGCGGGCGUGACGCUGGGCUUCGCAUCCUCGUCGCAGGCAAUCAACAUUCUACUCAACAAUGACGACGGGUUUGGGUCGGGAAAUCUGCGCGAGGUAUACCGCUUGUUGAAAAAGGCCGGUCACGACGUCUGGAUUGUUGCGCCGGCCACAGAACAGAGCAGCCAAGGCGGUCGUUCAUCCUUCACAGAACUCGGUAACCUGACUGGGCCUUCACAAUACGGCAUCAUUCCCGAGGGCGCUCCUUCAGUACGUCAUGAUGCCCUUGGGAGUCAGCUUUUGCCAUCACUAACGUCUCAGGUUGGCACCGACCCUCACGAUUCCCAAAUCUGGUACUACAACGGAACGCCCGCUGCGUGUACGUUUGUUGCGCUAGACUACGUUUUACCCCGAUAUGCUCCUUUCAACGUCCCCGACCUCAUCGUGACGGGACCGAAUUUCGGAGCCAAUCUCGGUCCAUUUGUUUGGACUCUGUCGGGAACCGCCGGCGCGUCCUACGCCGCGACGGAGCGAUCAGUGCCCAGCAUCGCCAUUGCUGGGAGUAAUAAGAAGAUUGCCUAUUUUGACAUCAAAAACGAAACCAACGAGGCCACCUGGACGGCCAAGGUCUCUGUAAAGAUCAUUGAACAAAUCAUCAAUAGCGCUCCCGACGGAAGCCCCCUGCUUCCUCUUGGAUAUGGCUUGACCGUCAACAUUCCCGUUCUCACGGCUAAUAAUACGGAUCCCGAGAUUGUUCAGACACGCAUGACUGGAAACGCGCACAUAAAUGAGGCCGUUUGGGAUCCAGCCAAGGGGACCUUUCGUUGGGCCAACAUUAAGCCAUACUCGGCGGGUCUGAAUGCGUGUGUGAAUGGUGAUUGUCGGCUUCCUGGCGAGACGUAUGUUGUGGAGAGUGGGCGAGUUUCUGUGUCGGUGUACAUCACGGAUUAUGAUGCGCCUGCGACGGAGUAUACGGAGAGCAUAAUGGAGCGCGUGAAGCCCCUGACGAAGGACUGUUCCAAAGCGAAAUAG